GACUUUACGAGUCAACGCCCUCACCGCCAGACAUCGACGUAUACUCACCCCCACCACCUCUAUCAGCACCAACAGGCACACCAACUGAUUUCUUAAAAGGCGUAGUCGGGAAAAAGGUCAUCCUGCGUCUUACAUCAGGCGUCGAUUAUCGAGUCACACAUCGAUGCGGGGACGUGUUUAUUCGUGGGAAUAAUGUCCUCCACUCGGUGCGCUGGUUCCAGAAGAACAUACUCUCGUGUUUAUAAACACGCGAGCAUUGAAUGAAAGACACAAGUGGUAUUGAAACAACAGAAUGAGAAUUAUCUUGCAACGUGACAGGUGCUAGCAGUGACAACAUCGGGAUGAAAGAGAGUACGAGAUCGACAACUUGAGUAAAUGAUAUCAUGGGAGGGAAUGCGAAACAACAGUACCGGAUAAACAUGACAACUGACUGGUAGGUGCUACGGUGUCCGGGAUAAAAUAGGGUCGGAAAUUAACAACUCGAAAACCUAUACCAUACGAAAGCAAUAUAACAUAACAUGGAACCUGAACUACACACCAAUAUGAACGAAAACCAUCCUCUGCUCGAGCGGAACUUUCGUCUUCACGGUAUUUGUAGCACGGUUGAGUGCCCAGGCCGCCUUCUUACAGUCCAUGACAUCACCAUCUCGCAAAUCCUUAACCAUGUUCUUGUAGAAAGCUUCGA